AUGCAAAGCAGGGUCAUCACAGUAGUGUCAGUGAGUGUUGUGUCAGUGAGUGUUGUGUCAGUGAGUGUUGUGUCAGUGAGUGUUGUGUCAGUGAGUGUUGUGUCAGUGAGUCUUGUGUCUGUGAGUGUAGUGUCGAUGAGUGUUGUGUCAGUGAGUGUUGUGUCAGUGAGUGUAGUGUCAGUGAGUGUUGUGUCAGUGAGUGUAGUGUCAGUGAUUGUUGUGUCAGUGAGUGUUGUGUCAGUGAGUGUAGUGUCAGUGAGUGUUGUGUCAGUGAGUGUUGUGUCAGUGAGUGUUGUGUCAGUGAGUGUUGUGUCAGUGAGUCUUGUGUCUGUGAGUGUAGUGUCGGUGAGUGUUGUGUCAGUGAGUGUUGUGUCAGUGAGUGUAGUGUCAGUGAGUGUUGUGUCAGUGAGUGUUGUGUCAGUGAGUGUUGUGUCAGUGAGUGUAGUGUCGGUGAGUGUUGUGUCAGUGAGUGUUGUGUCGUUGAGUGUUGUGUCAGUGAGUGUAGUGUCGGUGAGUGUUGUGUCAAUGAGUGUAGUGUCGGUGAGUGUUGUAUCAGUGAAUGUAGUGUCAGUGAGUGUUGUGUCAGUGAGUGUAGUGUCGGUGAGUGUUGUGUCAGUGAGUGUUGUGUCAGUGAGUGUAGUGUCGGUGAGUGUUGUGUCAGUGAGUGUUGUGUCAGUGAGUGUUGUAUCAGUGAGUGUUGUGUCAAUGAGUGUAGUGUCGGUGAGUGUUGUAUCAGUAAGUGUUGUGUCAGUGAGUGAAGUGUCAGUGAGUGUUGUGUCAGUGAGUGUUGUGUCAGUGAGUGUUGUGUCAGUGAGUGUUGUGUCAGUGAGUGUUGUGUCAGUGAGUGUAGUGUCGGUGAGUGUUGUGUCAGUGAGUGUUGUGUCGUUGAGUGUUGUGUCAGUGAGUGUAGUGUCGGUAAGUGUUGUGUCAAUGAGUGUUGUAUCAGUCAAUGUAGUGUCGGUGAGUGUUGUGUCAGUGAGUGUAGUGUCGGUGAGUGUAGUGUCGGUGAGUGUUGUGUCAAUGAGUGUAGUGUCGGUGAGUGUUGUAUCAGUGAAUGUAGUGUCGGUGAGUGUUGUGUCAGUGAGUGUAGUGUCGGUGAGUGUUGUGUCAGUGAGUGUAGUGUCGGUGAGUGUUGUAUCAGUGAGUGUUGUGUCAGUGAGUGUUGUAUCAGUGAGUGUUGUGUCAAUGAGUGUAGUGUCGGUGAGUGUUGUAUCAGUGAGUGUUGUGUCAGUGAGUGUAGUGUCAGUGAGUGUUGUGUCAGUGAGUGUUGUAUUAGUGAGUGUUGUAUUAGUGAGUGUUGUGUCAGUGAGUGUUGUGUCAGUGAGUGUUGUGUCAGUGAGUGUUGUGUCAGUGACUGUAGUGUCGGUCAGUGUUGUGUCUGUGAGUGUUGUGUCAGUGAGUGUUGUGUCAGUGAGUGUUGUGUCAGUGAGUGUUGUGUCAGUGAGUAUUGUGUCAGUGAGUGUUGUGUCGGUGAGUGUAGUGUCGGUGAGUGUAGUGUGUGUGAGGGAUGUUAUGUCUGGGUUAGUGCGUGUGUGUGUGUGA